AUGUCGUUUUCAACAGAGAAACCAUCGAAGAAGAAGAGAGCGCCAAGGUGGUCAGACUUAUGGCUCAAAAACACAAAACCCUUAAAACAUGUUGUCUUUGCUAUGCAGCUCCAGUCUCUCUCUAACCCAACAACGCCAACGCCAACGCCAACGCCAACUCCAACACCGACACCAACACCGAAGCAGCAACCUCAACAAGCAGACCCCAGUAUCAAACUCAAAGACAAAAUAGGAACCCUCAUCGCCAAUCUCCCCAACAUUGACCGUACACUUCUCUUAGGUGAUGAACUCCUCUUAAAAAUCCUCUCUAAAUUGCCUGAUUCUCAAAGAAACCCUAAUUCACUUGUUUGUAAACGCUGGCUUAAUCUCCAAGGCCGUCUUGUUAGGUCUUUAAAGGUUUUAGAUUGGGAGUUUCUUGAAUCUGGCCGUUUACUUUCAAGAUUCCCAAAUUUGACCCAUGUGGAUUUGCUUAAUGGGUGUGUUGUUAGACCCCUUGAUUGCUGCGUUUGGUUGAGUCACAGGGUUUUUAAGAUGGAAAUAAAUUCUGAGGUUUCUGGUUUUUUACCGGAUUGGCAUGUUUAUGAAGAGAAUUUGUUGCCUGUUGAGGUUGUUGAUAGAGGGCUUAGAGGGUUAGCUUCAGGUUGUCCGAAUUUGAGGAAGCUUGUAGUGGUUGGUGCUAGUGAGUUAGGGUUGUUAAGUGUAGCUGAAGAGUGUUUGACAUUGCAAGAAUUGGAGUUACAUAAGUGUAAUGAUAAUGUGUUGCGUGGGAUUGCGGCGUGUGUGAAUUUGCAAAUCCUGAAACUUGUUGGAAAUGUGGAUGGAUUUUAUGGUUCUUUGGUUUCGGAUAUUGGGUUAACGAUUUUAGCUCAAGGGUGUAAGAGGUUAGUGAAGCUUGAGUUAAGUGGGUGUGAGGGUAGUUUUGAUGGGAUUAAGGCCAUUGGACAGUGUUGUCAGAUGCUUGAGGAAUUGACUAUUUGUGACCAUAGGAUGGAUGGUGGGUGGUUGGCUGGGCUUUCGUACUGUGAGAAUUUGAAGACUUUGAGGUUUUUGUCGUGUAAGAGGAUUGAUCCCAGUCCAGGGCCGGAUGAGUAUUUGGGUUGUUGUCCAGCUCUUGAGAGGUUGCAUUUGCAGAAGUGUCAAUUGAGAGAUAAGAAAAGCCUUACAGCCAUGUUUAAGGUGUGUGAAGCUGUUAGGGAGGUUGUUUUUCAGGAUUCUUGGGGAUUGGAUAAUGAUCUGUUUAGCCUGGCAAGUAUCUGCAGGAGGGUAAAGUUAUUAUCUCUGGAAGGAUGCUCCUUGUUGACAACAGAAGGCCUGGAAUCAGUACUUCUUACCUGGAAUGAACUUGAACAUCUUAGAAUAGAGUCAUGCAAGAACAUAAAGGACAGCGAAGUCUCUCCAGCUCUUUCAAUCUUGUUCUCUGCUCUUAAAGAGUUGAGAUGGAGGCCAGAUACCAGAUCUCUUCUUGCAUCAAGUCUCGUGGGGACUGGCAUGAGAAAGAAAGGAGGCAAAUUUUUCAAGAAGAAUCUACGCCUGGAUCAUUAUACACAGAUGAUUCACACAGCUACUUUUUGA